AUGAUUCGCUUGAAGAGGAGUCGUUAUUCAAAGAAUUGUGGGAGUUUAAUCGAAAAUGGUAAAAUAGCGAAGAUACUUUGAAUGCGAUUUCAGAAUCACUGAUUUGGCUAAAAUUGGAUGCAGCUGAAGUAAAUCGUCAUCUGGAAGCAGGGUCUGCAAAAGGUUUGAAACUUUCAUCAGUGGUCAAUAAGGUUUAGAAUCUCUUCCAAUAUCAAAUUUCCUUUGUUCAUCACUGGCAUACGGUUUGCGAACCCUUUCCGAGAACUAUUCAGAUGACAGUAAUCACAUCGUAGUAGUCAUCGAAUGUCAGAAAUUGACCCUGAAGAUUGUAAAAGUUGUCCUGAGGGCAUGUCAAAAUGCCCUGGCCUUCAAAAUCAAGCAUGCAAUCGUCUUGGAGUCUGAAUAUUUUCUUGAACAACAAAAGAUUUCUCUGGAUAUGGCUUUGGAAACCUAUGAUUUCAAAGUAAUUCGAUUAAAGAUGUAAUUUUGACUUUACAGACAACCAUCUGCUCUCGCACAAAGCUCUGGAAACACGUGAAAAGAGCGUAUCUGUUCGAAAACAAUGCAUCUUUGCAGACCUGGACGGAUAUAAAACAAGUAGGAGAGAAAAGAUUACUGUAUUCUUUAAGGAAUUCGAACAACAUUUCUUCUCAAAUCCAGUUUACUUUGGACGUGAUGGAUUACAAUACGGGAAGUGUCUUAACAGAUUCUUGAAGCAAGGUACCUUUUCAAUAUGCUCUUAUAUUGUUUUGUAAUCAUACACGAUUGCUUUAGGAAGCGCAAUUUUGAUCGAAAUCGGCGGCAAGUUAAAGUACAGACCACCCCCAUUGAUACCGGCAAAGAAAAUGGAAGUUAAGGUCGUAGAAGAUGAAGUCAAAGAACCAAAAGAUCCGCAGGUGUUUUCUUCAGAGAGUACUGAUCAUGAAGUGUCUAAUAUACUCGAACCUCAGAUCGAACAGAAACCAGAAUUUUCAUCACAAGAAGAUCAGAUGACAUCAGAAAGUAACAUUAUAAUCAGUGAUGGGGAAGUCCAAGAAGUCAAAGUCUGGCUGAAUGAAUCGGUUAUGGAGUUUGUGGAUUCCUUGACGGAGAUGCUUCCCAAAUCAUUCGAGGAAUCUGCUAAUCUUCUAAAAAAAUCUACGGACAUUCAUGGGCGACUGACAGUAAUUUUUUUUCAAUUUUAACAAUUUUAUUACAAUUUAUAGGAAGUCAGACUGGAAAUCUUCAAAUCAAAACACCCUGCCCUAAAGGCAUUCCAAGAAGAAUUAGAUCGAGUCGACAUGAGAGUCCGACGGGCUAUGGGGAGACUGCGAGUCUGUGUUCAAGUACAAGAUCUUUUCAUCAAGGUGCCGAUUACUGUAACUCACAAACCACGUAUUUUUCAGUUUGAUCGUGAAGCGGAGAACCUGCUGAAAUUACUUUGUACCGACCAAAUCUCAACUUCCGUAGAAACUUUGAAGAAGUCAGUGUCAGAAUUGGAUGAACUUGUUGGAUUGCUUGGUAAUAAAAUGAUUAUGCAGAAGAUACGCUUAGUUUAGAAUGCAGGUUCAGAGAAGCGAAGGAACUGUGUGAUGAGUUGAUUGAGGACACGGGAACAUCUCUAGGGACCCUGUUAAAUCAGAAUCUUCAAUCAAUGUCAGAGCGAAGACAGCGUUGCAUUUCCUUGAGUGAACUGAGGAAACUAAAGUUACAUCAGAUGAUACAACUUGCAACCUGUGAAAAUGACUGUCGGAUUGUAAGUAUAAUACCCAGUUUUAACAACAUUCAGGUCGCUUCCUGGCUUAAUGAACUCGCUUCCAAUCUGACUCCUCAAGAUCCAUGUACCAAGACGAACAAGUUCGAAGAUGUAGCCAGAAAGAUGGGGGAUUACGGCAACCAGCUUUGCGAAGUGUCAUUACUUCUUCGGCGUUCGCUUAGACUCGAAAUCUCAGCUCAAACAAAAUUACAAAUGGAAUUAUUGGAGGCCUUUGAAGCGUUUGAUAAGAGUGUUCGAGCGGCCAAAAAAUUGAAUUGA